AUGGUGAACACUCACUUCAGCAACCUAUCGAUGGGACAACAACCAGCUCAGGUGAACGCAGUCCAACAACCACCGACUUGGUGUGAAAUUUGUGGAGGAGGAGAUCAUAGUGCAGAGUUGGAAGAGUUGGCUCCGAAGAAAAGAAAUGUUGAAUCUGCUAGCAAGGAGAGUGAGGGCAUACCUAGGUAUGCAAAGUAUGUGAAGGAUAUCGUGGAAAAUAAGAGGAGGCUGACUAAAUAUGAGACUAUAGCACUUACGGAAGAGUUCAGCUCCCGAAUCCAAAAUAAGUUGCCCACCAAACUGAAAGAUCCGGGGUACAUUAUCUUGCAGUUGGAAGAUAGAUCUUUUGCUAGGCCAGAGGGUGUUGUAGAAGAUGUCUUAGUGCAAGUGGGAUCUUUGAUAUUCCCAAUAGAUUUUGUGGUGCUAAAUUUAAAGCCAGAUCUUGAGGUGGAAGCAACAUUGAGUAUCUUGAGGAAGAGAAAAACAGCACUAGGUUGGGAAAUGUCUGACAUUCACGGGAUAAGUCCCGCAUUGUGUAUGCACAAGAUUUAUAUGGAGGAAGGGCAUAAGUCGAGUGCACAACACCAACGGAGACUGAACCCAGUGAUUAAGGAUGUGGUAAGAAAAGAGGUGAUCAAGUGGUUAGAUGCAGACAUUGUGUACCUAAUAUCUGACAGUAAAUGGGUGAGUCUGGUACAUUGUGUGCCCAAGAAGGGCGGAAUAACGGUGAUAACAAAUGAGAAGAAUGAAUUGAUCCCCACUAGGACAGUAACUGGGUGGCAUAUCUGCAUAGACUACAGGAAGUUGAAUGAUGCCACUAGGAAGGACCAUUAUUCGAUUGUCAUUGCACCAGAGAAUCAGGAGAAGACUAGCUUCACUUGUUUGUAUGGCACCUAUACGUUCAAACGUAUGCCAUUCAGAUUAUGCAAUGCACCGGCAACAUUCCAAAGUUGCAUGAUGGCAAUCUUUCAUGAUAUGGUGGAGGAUUUUGUUGAGGAGUGUAUGGACGACUUCUCGGUGUUUGGUGAGUCUUUUGAUUUUUUUUUUACUAAUCUUAACAGGGUUCUUGCAAGAUGUGAAGAGACAAAUAUGGUGUUGAACUGGGAGAAGUGCCACUUCUUAGUUCGAGAAGGGAUUGUACUAGGGCACAAAAUCUCAACAAAUGGGCUGGAAGUUGAUAAAGCCACGGUGGAAGUCAUUGAGAAAUUGCCACCACCCAUCACUAUAAAAGGAGCAUUUGAGCUAUUGAAGAAGAAAUUGAUAGAAGCUCAUAUUCUGAUUGCUCCUAACUGGGAGUUGCCUUUCGAGCUCAUGUGUGAUGCAAUCGAUAUAACGGUUGGUGCAGUGCUACAGCAGCAUAAGGAGAAAAUGUUUCACUCCAUCUACUAUGCUAGCAAGACACUUGAUGCAGCUCAAUCUAACUAUAUUGUCACGGAGAAAGAGAUGUUUGCAUUGGUAUUUACCUUUGAUAAGUUCAGGUCAUACUUGGUAGGCACCAAGGUUGUUGUUUACAUUGACCAUGCUGCAAUCAGGUAUUUGUUCAACAAGAAGGAUGCGAAGCCAAGGCUAAUUAGAUGGAUACUACUCUUGCAAGAUUUUGAUCUAGAGAUUAUAUAUAUGAAGGGGACUGAGAACCAGAUAGCUGAUCAUCUGUCUCUAUUAGAGGACUUAUCUCAUGGACCUGAUGAAAUGGUGCGAAGGUGCAUAGCUGAACAUGAAGAAUUGCAAGUGUUGGAGAGUUGUUACUCUUCACCAUAUGAUGGACACCACAGAGACGAGCGCACGACACAUCAGUGGAUGGGCACUAUUUCUAGAAGGCAUGAGAUGCCACUGAGCAGCAUUCUUGAAGUUGAGAUCUUUGAUGUAUGGGGGAUAGACUUCAUAGGACCAUUCCCAUCUUCCAAUGGAAAUCAGUACUUCCUAAUGGCAGUGGACUAUGUGUCCAAGUGGGUAGAGGCAGUUGCUCUACCUUUUAAUGAUGCGAAGGUGGUAGUAAAGUUCAUCAAGAAGCAUAUCUUCACCAGGUUUGGGACUCCAAGAGUGAUGAUAAGUAGUGGAGGGACGGACUUCAUCAAUAGUUCAGUGCGAAAUCUGUUGGCCAAGUAUGGAGUAAGACAUAAGGUAGCCACAACGUAUCAUCCCCAGACUAGUGGGCAGGUGGAAGUAUCCAAUAGGGAAGUAAAGAAAAUUAUGCAGAAGACUGUGAAUUCCCAAAGAAAAGACUGGGCUGAAAAGUUAGAUGAUGCUUUGUGGGCAUACCAAACUACAUACAAGACACCGAUAAGGGUUUCUCCUUAUCAAAUAGUGUUUGGAAAAGCAUGUCAUCUUCCAGUGGAAUUUGAGCAUAAAGCAUACUAG